AUGGGGGGUAAUGUUGGUAGUGGCGGCGGUAGUUGCGGCGCUGGCAGCAGCGGUGACGUUAGCGUCGUUGGUGGAGUUGGCGGAAGUGGCUGCAAUGGCAGCAGCGUCGGUGGUGAAGGCGGCGGCGACGGAGGUGGUGUCGGUGAUGGUGGCAGUGAUGGUGCAAGUAGUAAUGGUGUACGAGAUGAGAAAAGUGAUGUGGUUAGAGCUGGAGUUGGAGACGGUAGGUUGCAAGCGGAGGGAAAAUUGGCAGCUAUUUCCAGCAAAUCAAACAAGAGAAGUGUUGUUUCUCAGACUAAAUGUCCUUUACCACAGGUAUUGGCUUCAGAUCCUGCAAUAAUUGACUUACCUGUCAUCUGUUCGUAG